CACUAAUUGCGUGCACUAUUCCCCUUUUGUAAAACAAUUAAUUGACUCCCAAUCUUGCCCGCAACAAUGUUAUAAAACGUACGUAGCCAUGCAUAUAACUCUCUAACUCUCUGCACUAUUACAUUAUUAGCUACAUAACUACCUAAAUUAAACAAUGGAGCCGUGGAAAGACCUGAGCGGAAUAGUAGUGAUGGUGACAGGGGCGUCCUCGGGAAUUGGGCGAGAGUUGUGUCUCGACUUGGCGAAAGCCAGCUGUAGCAUUAUUGCUGCCGCUCGUCGUGUUGACAGCCUCAAAUCUCUCUGCGACGAGAUCAAUUCAGACGGCACCCGACGUGCAUUCGCCGUUGAGCUUGACAUCAAUGCCAAUGGUGCUACCAUUGAGGCUGCUGUACAAAGAGCUUGGGAUGCCUUCGGACGUAUUGAUGCCUUGGUUAACAAUGCCGGCAUUAGAGGUAGUAUAAGCUCUUCACUGAAAUUAUCAGAGGAUGAGUGGAACCAUACCUUUAAUACAAACCUAAGAGGGGCUUGGCUGGUUUCC